AUGUUUAGCGCUUCAAAGUUGGUGACCGUAUGGGAGUGGGAACUCAUGUCAACUCGUGCAGAGAUUGUGAGUACUGCAAUGACAGAUUUAAUGGUGUUGAUGCUGAUGGUACAAUCACAAAAGGAGGAUACUCCAGUCAUAUAUUUGCCCAUGAAGGAAAACUAUCCAUUGGCUUCGGCAGCCCCUCCACUUUGUGCGGGAAUUACUGUUUAUGCUUCGAUGCAUAUCCAAGAAAGAGGAAGCUUUAGUCAGCUGGGUGCAGAUAACUUUGUGGUCUCAUCUGACAGAAAUCAGAUGAAGGCCCUGGUGAAGUCAGUAGACUUUAUACACGGAACUAUUGAAAACUGGUGGAGUUCUGGUCUUGGUGGGAUUCCCCAGUGA